AAGAAGAAGUUCUCGUUACAUUUAGUGCGCUGCUGCCUCUCAGCGUACGGAGCAGUUUACACUGGACCAGCUUGUCCGGGACACUAAUGUUUUUUCUCUUUAUUACGAACGUGUAAAUGCGGUCAGUUCAUCCAAAGAAAUAUUUAUUUUGGAUUUGUCUGGAGGACUGCGGAAGGCGAGACCGAAAAGAUUCGAGGACGUGCGACACUUGAGAGUUUUAGCAAACAACUCCCCCAUUUGCUCGCACUCCUGUCUGUCUGUUCGCUAUUUGACAAGAGAGGGAUUUUCUGCGGUCCGAGGAAACAUGAGCUUUCUUUUUGGAAACCGUUCAUCCAAGACGUUCAAGCCCAAGAAGAAUAUCCCGGAGGGUUCUCACCAGUACGAGCUGUUGAAACAUGCAGAGGCUACGCUGGGAAGUGGAAACCUGCGCAUGGCGGUCAUGUUGCCCGAGGGCGAAGACUUAAAUGAGUGGGUCGCAGUCAACACUGUGGAUUUCUUCAACCAGAUCAACAUGCUGUAUGGCACCAUCACAGAUUUCUGCAGAGAGGAAAGCUGUUCAGUCAUGUCUGCUGGUCCCAAGUACGAGUACCAUUGGGCGGAUGGAACCAACAUCAAGAAGCCCAUCAAAUGCUCCGCUCCCAAGUACAUCGAUUACCUCAUGACCUGGGUGCAGGACCAGCUGGACGAUGAGACACUUUUCCCUUCAAAGAUCGGUGUCCCCUUUAAGCGAAACUUUAUGUCUGUGGCCAAGACCAUCCUGAAGCGCCUGUUCAGGGUCUACGCUCACAUCUACCACCAUCACUUUGACUCCGUGAUACAGCUGCAGGAGGAGGCCCACCUCAACACGUCGUUCAAACACUUCAUCUUCUUUGUCCAGGAGUUCAACCUGAUCGACCGCAAAGAGCUGGUCCCGCUUCAGGAGCUGAUCGAAAAACUGACCACCAAGGACAGAUAAACGGCCACGUAAUCUUUAUUUUAUUGGUCUUCUAAUUUUUGCACAGAUACCCACCCCGCCCUGGCUGUACGUAUGCAGUAGAUACUAUAUUUCCACGCGGGGAAAUGUUUUUAAUAGGGCCAGGAAGAAGGAAGGAUCUUGGCAGGUUUAAGGCACCGGGACUGAUGCUAUCAGGGAUUACGCACUCGAUUGAACGAACCGCAGAUUAGCAUAUUGGAGGAAAUGUUUUUUGCUGUAUGGAAAGAUCCCCAGUAUUCAGUCAUGGCUGACAUCAAGGGUAACAGAUGUAGGUUCAUUAGUUUUCUAUUCUAAUGCAGAGAUUCUUUCUUCUUUCACUUGGAUUUAUGACGACGCGCAGACAUUUUCACGCUCUUGGAUUCCCGUUUGAAACUUGCGUGCAGGGAAGAAGUGUGUCUGCAGAGUUGCUGUAUUGUAAUAUUAGUAUAUUUGAUGGUGUUAUGGCAAGCAAGAAUUAAAACCAGCCUUUAAGCCCGAUCGCCACACUAGCUAGUUAUCUUAUUCAUCAGUCUACAUAGAAGGAUCUGGGUUGCCGUCUGUUACUUUUCACAUAUGUAACAUCUGUCAAUGGAGAAUAACCCUAAGUGCCUCGCACGGCUCAUAAUUGCCCUAUUUCAACCGUGAGAGCUAGAAGAAGAUAAAGGCCAUAUACCACUGACUUGAUUGACAUGUCAUCAAAUUUUACACGCCACCUCCUAUUUUGAGGGGUUUUUUUUCUCUUUUUUUUUUUUUAAAACCAUGCGCUUCACCAACAUUUCUCAUAUUUAGUUAGAAGGUGUUUUUACGAAGUGUUGUGUGCAGGUUCUGAUAAAUGAAUGUGUUGGAGGACAUAGAAGUGAGGCUGGUAUCGUCGUAGCAGGGAUUCCAAUUCAAAUAAACCCAAUAGUACAAGACUUGAAGUAUAAAUGCAUUUCUAGGAAACGUCUUCAAGGGCUCUAAAACCUUAAAUUGUAAAUAAAUGUCCUAAUAGAAGUAGAGACCUGUGUUUUUAAAAGUCAAACCGGCCAGUUAAUUGAAAAAACAAAUUGGAUUACGCUGCUGCAUCCCGUGUUGUCUCAGCAGCCACGAAGCACUUUGAACGAUUGACCUCUUUUGCCUGAAUGUUUGUUCUGCACAGACGCCGCGUCACGUGACCGAGCGUAGUUUAUUUCCCCCAAUGAAUGUCCACUAAACCCCUCAAACGGCUUUUUGGAACGGUCUGGAGCCCCUCCGAUCUCAAAGUGUAGUUUACUAUGCAACAAUUAACGCGACACUAAAAGGUUUACCAGUCGGCUCACUCCUACUUUCUCCAAAUGUUGCGUUUCCUGUUUUUCUUAUCGUGCAUAAAUUCAGGUGUACGCUGGAAAUGGAAUCCUGAGAUGAGGUGAGAUGAACAGUUUAUAUAUCUUUAUAUAUCAUUUGCCACAGGUGUAAGCUUCAACGCGCACAUGUAAAUACUGAGGGUUAGACUUGUCUUAAGGAUCUUUUUUUCUUCUUUUUUCGGCGAGCAUGGAGCAGUAGCUUUUGGUUUAAAGAAUGCAUUGAGUCUUUAUAGAGGCUGCUUCCCCCCAUUUGGAUAUUAGAAUCUUGUUUGCUUUUGUUGUGGAGUGUCUCUCUUUUCCGCAUCCUUCGUUAACUAUUAUGAAUGUUACUGCUCACCAGAUAUGCGAUAGAGUAUCCGUCAUCCCGGGACGCGUCUCAUCCGUAUGAAACGCCCACAACGUGUUGCCUACAGCUUCUUCCUCCUGGACUGAAAUAAUCCAUGAAAUGUGUGUGUGUAUAUAAAGGCUUAGUAGGGGUUUUCAAUGCUACUGAUAUUGAUUUAUGCUGUUUACAAGGAAAAUAAAGGUGGUCUUGACUCUUUGAA